UUUCGGGUCAACCCGGUGGGUACUUUCUGAAAAUAAUUGAGACCAGAAGAAUAUGAUAACAAAGAGCAAGAAGAAAAGCAAAAUAGCAUUAAUGUGGACCUCCAUUUCAGCAAUUCAAAACCCUUCUUUCAUAGCUUUCAAGAAUGUCAAUGACAGAAGACUCUUCAGAGCAAUUACUCGAGCAAGCGGUAGCAGUGGCACCGUUUCUGGUGGCUCAUCGGUUCUCCUCCGUGCAGCCAAGCACACUGUGGAUACGUACAUAAAAAGUGGCAUGGUUGUUGGUUUAGGGUCUGGUCAAGCUUCUGGUCUGGCCAUACAGUAUUUGGGUCGGCAGCUUCGUGCAGGUGCUUUGAAGGAUGUAGUAGGAAUACCCACGUCUAUAACAAGUGCUACUGAAGCAGCAACAGCAGGCAUUCCAUUGGAUCAAUAUCAAGAUUCUUCUCAAGUGUGCACAGAUUCUAAUCACCUAUUAUAUUUCCUUCUUACUCGGAUUGAUUUUGCAUUUGAUGAUGCUGAUAUUAUAGAAGAGGGAACACUUGUUGCUGUCAUUGGGCGUCAGGGGUCUCGAGGGGAUGAAUCCAUACUUGAAGAGAAGUCUAUACUGAAUGCAGCUGAUAAACUCGUGUUCAUUGUACCAGAAAACCAGUUUAAAGGUGGUCUAGAGGGUUCUAUUCCAGUUCUAGUUCAACCUCUCAAUUGGAUGGACACUGCUGAAGAGAUUGAUGAUAUGUUUUUAGGUGAUGCAGAGGUUUGGAGGAGACCAUCUAUAGGGCAUGCAGGUCCUUUAGGCGGGGACUUCCCGUUGAUCACGAAAGAAGGUCAUAAUGUUCUUGACGUCAUCUUCACAUCUCCAAUACAGAGCCUUGCUGAAGUAGCUGAAAGCCUUGAUAAAGUUGACGGGGUUGUGGAUCAUGGCAUCAUUUCCAAGUCCCAGUGUACAGUGGUGAUUGCUUCUGAAAGAGGGUUGUCCAUUGUCGAUGGUUUUCCAGCAAAUGUCGUGGAGGGGCCUUGAAUGAUGGCACCUUUGCAAUGUAUGUGGCCACUGUGACUCUAUGGUAUUGUUCUUGCACAUAAACAUUUUGUAAAGAUUAGUAAUGAGUUAAAAAGAAUUUGUAUCCUCUA